CACUUUUCACAACAUGGCGGAGAAAGGUUCCGGGUUGGAACUGUCAUCAGAAGCCCCAUGGCAGCGUGUUAAACAUCCUACGGCCAAUUUUUCUGCACUUUGCCUUUUCAGAAUCAAGAGAGAUAUUACGAGCAUGUACAAAGAGCCACCUCCUGGUCUGUACGUAGUAGCAGAUGAAAACGACAUCACAAAGGUUCAUGCUUUGGUCAUUGGUCCUCGUGGCACACCAUAUGAGGGGGGGUUUUAUUAUUUCCUUAUCGCCUUUACCCCUGAUUACCCAAUCAAACCUCCUAAAGUACGUCUAUUGACAACAGGAAAUGGGAGAGUCAGAUUUAACCCCAAUCUGUACAAAAAUGGCUUAGUUUGUCUUAGUAUUUUAGGAACAUGGCCUGGCCCUGCAUGGAGUCCUGCCCAGACCCUCUCUAGUCUACUGAUAUCAAUCCAGUCUCUUAUGAAUGAAAAACCAUAUCACAAUGAACCAGGAUAUGAAGGCAAGGAGGCCUACAAAGAUGACAGCAAAAGAUAUAAUGAAUGCAUUCAGCAUGAAAACCUUAGAGUUGCUGUCUGUGAUAUGUUAGAAGGAAAACUAAAUUUUCCUCCAGCUCUCAGAAAACGAAUGGAGAAGUUAUUCCUUGGGUUUUAUGACAGAUAUUCAUCAGUUGUUAAGGAAAAUAUGCUCUCUAAUGGAAAAAGGAUGAAGGAUCCCUUCGGGGAGAAUGAGGGAAAGUUGGAUUAUGCGUCGAUAAAAUACAGACUUGACGCAAUUAAGAGCCGCCUUGAUGAGAAGAAGGCUAUGGGGCAUGAAUUGAACGACUCAUCGAGUGAAGAAGAAGAACAACGGCAGACAAGAGAGGAGAAUGCUCCAGAAAUAGAUGACUGGGAUGCCUUUCUAUAUGACGACGACUGAUUUGAAUUCAGGAAAAGAAUUUUUUUUUUCGAUUACAUCGUUCAGGACACAAAAGGAUGUGUCAAACCGAUGACCAUUUCAUAAGCUAUUUAUACUGUUACUGUUUUACAGGUUUCAUAAAAACGCAAGGUGAAUUAUAUUGUAAAGUAAGACACAAAAGAAUAAUUGUACGCACAUCGAGUUCCAGAUUUCUAAGCCUUACUAGUUUGUUUAACGUUAGUGUUAUACUUUCAAGAUUUCUUUAGCAAUGCGUUUUUUCGGAGAACUUUGUCACUGUUUAAAUUAACCCAACCAAAAGCUCUACUCGAGGAAUAUUAAUGUUAGAAUAUUUCUUAGCAGUUCCAGUACAUUAUCUUUUAUGAAAAGAAGGCUAAGAAGUUGUUAAUGAUGUGUUAAAAUGUAAGGGUAAGUAUUUGUUUGUAUAUAUUCUGCAUAAACGAAAGUACUUAAAAUUUUAUCGAAGCGAUGUGUAAAUAAAACAUUAUUAAAUUUGCGUACAAUGUAUGUGCGUUUAAGGUAGAUGGAUGCCAUUUUGUUCAACUUCCCGAGAGUUUACAGAAGAGAUUCUGAAAAAUCUAAAUUUCGUUUUGGCUUGGUACCUUUGAGGUUACUGUCAACAAAACAGGGUGCCUUCCGGAAAAAUCGUCAUGGAAAAUUAUAAAUAAUUGUAAAAGACUUAA